AAAAGAAAGCAGACUAACAUGUUUAGAUCUCCUCAGAGGAUCUUUUUGGAGGGUGUGUUUCUUGACGCCGAAAUACAAGCAGCUGCAAAAGCUGGCGCACUUACGUACUUACUUGCUGAUCGUAUUUCUUUGAAAAGUAUACAUACGCUGCUCAGUCUCGACAUCAGCACUAAGCAACAACUCGCAGCACAGCGCGCGCAAUGGUGCGGUGGUACUAUUAGGUGCUCAACAGCGCUGGGGGCUUAUGCGGGACAAGGUGGUGGGAGUUGGUUGGCGUUGGACCUGUGCCUGCUUGCAAUAAAUCGCGACCGUCCACCUCCACCACGCGCACGCGUGUACUAUCCUUCGCGUCGUUCGGAGUUAGCUGCUGCGCUGGUGGAACAGAAUGACGACAAUAUCGUCUCCCCAAGAGGCGCAGACCAGCGGUGGAAGGCUUUCCUCAAAGGAUCGACGGCCCAGUCUGCACGCGGACGCACUGCAGGCCGGGGACGGGGCGUCAAUAAACGACAAGAAAUAUCUGGCGGUAAUGUUGAAAACUACGGGUUGGCUUUGACUGUUUCGUCAUUAUUUGCACAUGGAAGUGCGUGUGAUACUAGAAGAUGAAGUGCCUAAUCGCGCCUGAGGACGAGAGAGGCCACCUCGUUUUGCCCACCACCGGCCCAAUCUCCGUCCGCCGCCCAGUCGGUCUUACUGCAUGCCAGGUCAUGCGCCCGCGCUUUUUCGGCAUGCUGCAAACGCAGCCACUGCGAUUUUACAACUUGACGGUUUGAUGACAAGAGCAGAAGACAAGAAACGCGCGCCCCGAACCGGCUAGUUUGCUUGGUGGACCACCUUCGUAGAAGACACUCUUUGCCUAAGCCUCUAGAGCUAGCAACCUAUUAGAUCAUCAACACACAGGGGGAACGACGGCUGAGCGUCACAAGCCUGAGGUUACGAAGCGAAGUCGAAAUGUGGCUCAUGGAGGAGGUACGGAAGAAUAUUUAAAGUACGUUUAGUUAUUAAAAACAAAAUAUUGUAUGUUGCCCAUGCCCCUCCUGAUCGCGACUACGGGUCAAUGUUCUUUUUCGACACAUGAUGUUGAUAUCCUGCGCAACACCAGGUUCCAAAACUCUUUGGCGUUGA